AUUGAUCUUAUAGAUAUGCGAACUAGAAAAGAUGGUGAAUUUAAAUGGAUAGCACAUGCCAGAGAUCAUUUCUCACCUUUUUUCUGGGGCCGCAUUCUUACUAAUAAAUGUGCAGCAAGGGUAGCUGUAUUCUUGUUUGACAUCUUUACUGUAUUUGGACCACCGAUCUUUUUUCAAAGUGAUAAUGGGCGUGAGUUCACUGCAGAUAUUAUUAACAAUCUUUCAAAACUCUGGCCAAAUCUUAAAAUAAUUCAUGGAAAGCCGAAAAGGCCGCAAACCCAAG